AUGUUAUCUCGAGGGGUCCUACUUCUUCUUUUUGUUGUGUCAGUCGUCAGUGCAUUCGGUUUGUUUUCGCGCCCGGCGCACGAUUCGUCGCGACCCGCCCGCGCCAAACACGGAUCGCUCAAACUUUGCCCGCCGGGUGGCGCAUCGUUCCUUGACGCCUUCAAUCUCAUAUGCCCAAUGCGACGACGUCGCCGAAGUGCUGAUAAUGGUGAAAGCAGCACUUUGGGAAAAAUAAUGAACAUGUGCUGCGAGACCGGCUGCGAAUUCACCGACAUCUUUGCGAUUUGCAACCCGUUUGGCUAG